GGAGGGGAUGGGUUGGGGGCGGUAUUAGUGUAGGGGCGCUCGGAAGGGACAGUUAUCGAUGUGACACCACGUAGACGCUGUAAGGGGACGGGUGUCGGUGUGGCACCUGUGCACGCUGAAGGAGCGGGCAGAACUGGGUGGCCAUGGGGACGUGGGUGUCGCAGGACGCGAUGUGGGAGAUGCCGGCCGAGAAGCGUAUCUUCGGGGCCGUGCUGCUGUUCUCUUGGACAGUGUAUCUUUGGGAGACCUACCUAGCACAGCGGCAGAGAAGGAUAUAUAAAACAACAACUCAUGUGCCACUGGAGUUAGGACAGAUCAUGGAUUCAGAAACAUUUGAGAAAUCUCGACUGUAUCAGCUGGAUAAAAGUACUUUCAGUUUCUGGUCAGGACUCUAUUCAGAGAUUGAAGGCACUCUUAUUCUUCUCUUUGGAGGAAUACCUUAUCUCUGGAGACUUUCUGGACGGGUCUGUGGAUAUGCUGGCUUUGGACCAGAGUAUGAGAUCACCCAGUCCUUGGUGUUUCUGCUAUUGGCUACACUUUUCAGUGCAUUAACUGGUUUGCCAUGGAGUCUUUAUAAUACCUUUGUAAUAGAAGAAAAACAUGGUUUUAAUCAACAGACCUUGGGAUUUUUCAUGAAAGAUGCAAUCAAGAAAUUUAUUGUGACUCAGUGUAUUUUAUUGCCUGUGUCUUCCCUUCUACUUUACAUUAUUAAAAUUGGGGGUGACUAUUUUUUUAUAUAUGCCUGGCUGUUCACAUUAGUUGUUUCUCUGGUGCUUGUCACAAUCUAUGCUGAUUAUAUUGCCCCUUUAUUUGACAAAUUCACACCUUUGCCAGAGGGAAAGCUUAAACAAGAAAUUGAAGUAAUGGCAAAGAGUAUUGACUUUCCUUUGACUAAGGUGUAUGUUGUUGAAGGAUCUAAACGCUCUUCCCACAGCAAUGCUUAUUUUUAUGGCUUCUUCAAGAACAAGCGAAUAGUUUUGUUUGACACUCUACUAGAAGAGUACUCUGUACUAAACAAAGACAUCCAGGAGUCUGGAGUGGAAUCCCACAAUGAUGGAGAAGGGGACAGUGAAGAAAUAAAAGCAAAAGUUAAAAAUAAGAAACAAGGGUGUAAAAAUGAAGAGGUGCUUGCUGUACUAGGCCAUGAACUGGGACACUGGAAGUUGGGACACACAGUCAAAAAUAUCAUUAUUAGUCAGAUGAAUUCUUUCUUGUGUUUUUUCUUGUUUGCUGUAUUAAUUGGUCGAAAGGAACUUUUUGUUGCAUUUGGUUUUUCUGACAGCCAACCCACUCUAAUUGGACUACUGAUCAUCUUCCAGUUUAUUUUUUCACCUUACAAUGAGGUUCUUUCUUUUUGCCUAACAGUCCUAAGUCGCAGAUUUGAGUUUCAAGCUGAUGCAUUUGCCAAGAAACUUGGGAAGGCUAAAGACUUAUAUUCUGCUUUAAUCAAACUAAACAAAGAUAACCUGGGAUUCCCUGUUUCUGACUGGUUGUUUUCAAUGUGGCAUUAUUCUCAUCCUCCGCUACUAGAGAGACUCCAAGCUUUGAAAAACACAAAACAAGACUGAGAUGCCCAAAGUCUGCAACUGAAGACAUUUCUGAUUAUUUUUGUCCUGGCAGCAUGAUCCAGCUCUUGAUAUUUUUAAUUUUUUUUUUAAGAAAAAUUAUUAAGUACAGAAAAGCCCAGAUUAAAUACAUUUAAUAUCUCAUUUUAAAAAUGAUUUUAAUAAUCCAUUUCUUAGAGAAAACACUGGAUGCAAUUUUGAGACUUAAUGUUUUUAAAGGUAUAAUUUUCUUUAUCUUUGACAUCUACUUUACCAUCAACUUGUAAAAUUAUUUGAGAAAAUACAGAACUUGUUUUAUUUACAAAUUUAUAUAGAAUCUGCAUACAAGGUGUUUGAGUGCAUAUGUCUGAAAGAGAGGUACCACCUCUGAGUCCUCUCUGUAAUGCAGAAGCAGUGGUUCCAAAUCAUUGUGUGCAUACAUAAGUUGAAGAUUAUUUUUACUUUUCAUACUGUUACGAUUUAACCUGGCCAAUCAGUGUUUUAAAUAAGGAAGAAAGAUAGUUGGCAAGGCUGAUUUUAUUAAAAUGAAACUAGUUAGAAAUAUAUCGUUUUACCAGAUUUCUCUGUUUCCUCUCUUACUACACACUGAUCAGGAGUUUUUGUAGUGCUUUGAAAUUAGAAAUUAUGUAUAGAAUGUUUUAAAUCACUGUUGUUUUUAAGAAGAUCUCAGUCUUUUCCUUUCUUUCCACCCAAUAGGUAUGGUCCCACUGGGUAAACUAUUAUUUUUCAAAAUUUUCAACUUUUUCUCAUUCAUAUUCUCUUAUUCGAUAAGUAGUGCAUUCUUCCAGUUAGCAGAAAUUGGCAUAUUGAACAGGUUCUGCUAUUUUAAAAGUGACAAAACAUGGAAAGAAGAAGAAAUGAUAUUUUAAGAGAUGUAAGGGUGAAAUGUUGAUGAUUCUCUUAAUAUUACAGGAAAAGUAUAGUUUUCUAUCUCUUUCAAAGACAGAAAAGUUUCAGUUUUUAUUUUUGUAACUUUUAUCAGCAAGUUAUAAGUACUAUUUAAUCAGUCCUAAUUCUACUUUAAAAAAUUAUAAUUCUUACUAUGCAGAUAAUUAAUUUCAAAACAAAUUGGCAUGAAAGAUUUCUUUUCCGAUUGUAAAAGGUGUACUUUUGACUGCUUCAAGUCUCUCUCCACUCUGAAAAAAAACUUUGUGCCUAGAGCUCUUACUCACUGAUACACUGAUAAUGUAUACUUCCUCUGCAUUUAUUCCAAAGUGGGAUUGACUGUGCACCCUUGGUGUCUGCUCAUAAGUCUUUUGCUCAGCUGACAUUUGGGUGAUGUCUUUACAUGGAAAUAUAAUAAAAAUCUAGUUUAGUACUACAUUAUUUAUUUCCUAAGGCUAAAGAGGAGCAGUCCUAUGAUUUUAUUUAUCCACUGUGCUUUAUCUGUGAAUUCAUGCUGCGAUAACUGCCUUUCCUUCUGUGCCUUUAAAUAAGAAUUUCAGUUCCACGCAAGUAAAACAUUAAAAAUUGUCAAUGGAAA